AUGGACUCCUUACCUACGAACGUAGAGACUGAAGCCUUUGUGGUGAUGAAACCCGGUGAUGACUUCAAGCUCACGCCCGUCAUUCUAGACGAAGUCCGCGACGAUGAGUUACUAAUAGAGAUGAAGUAUUCGGGUAUCUGCCAUACGGACGUCGUACUCCAGCAAGGCCUUCUCCCUAUGGUCGACUUCCCUGCCAUCUUCGGCCACGAGGGCGCCGGCUACAUCAAAGCCAUUGGCAGGGGUGUCAAGGACAAGUCCCUCCAGGUUGGCGAUGCUGUCCUUCUGUCCUUCAAUGUCUGCGGCGAAUUGCGCCUCGAAGACCGCUCAACGCCCGCACGCCUCAAGAAUUCGCCCUUCACCACUGUUCGCAGCCAGUACUUCGGGCACUCCUCUUUUGCCCGCCACUCCGUCGUCAAAGAACGCUCCGUUGUGAAAUGCGCUUACCCAGACCAAAUGGCACUCUAUGCCGCUAUGGGAUGCGGCUUCCAAACUGGUGCGGGUACGGUCCUCAACGUGCUCAAACCUCCUCAAACCGCCUCAAUCGUCAUCUUCGGUCUCGGCGGUCACAUUGUCGGCGUCGACCUCGUCGACUCCAAACUGAAGCUCGCUCGGGACCUCGGCGCAACGGACUUGCUUAAGCCAUCCACUGACACCGACGUCGUGAAGGAGAUCAAGGAACUUUGCAAAGCCACGUCCGGCGCAACCUACUCAAUCGACUGCACGGGCGUCCCUAAAGUCAUCGAGCAGUGCAUCGAGUGCCUCGCACCGUGUGGUACUGCUGUUACGGUCGGCGUGCCGCCCCCAGAUGCGAAGAUCUCCAUCGAUCCUCUGAACUUCACGCAACAAAGCCCGCCGCUGCUGCCUGGAUCUCAGCACUGUCAUACGUGCAUAACAUCUGCAUGCUUCACUGGUGGCGACGAUGUCGCUGACGUAUACUGUCACCACGAUGCUGUGUCACGCAACUUCUGGUUCGCGUCUGGUUGA